CUCCGCCUAACGGGCCGGGCCCGCGCCUCCUGUCCUGGAAGGGGGCGGGGCCCGAAGCCCCUCGGCGCGCGGCGCCAUAGAGCGGGCACGGAGGACCUAUGUCCUAGAGGCGUCCGGAAGUAGCUCCCAGGGGCGCCCGCUCCGCACCAUAGAGCUGGGGGGGGCGGUGGCUAGGGGGUCGCCGGGCUUGCCGUCCUAGAGCGGCGAGGACGGGGUGGAGGCCGGCCGGGGGGUUGUGAGAAGGGGAGGGGGAGCAGCGCGGGCGGAAGCGGCCAGGAAGGUCACUUCCGGCCUGGGCGCCCGUCCCCCUGACCCCAGGGUCUGAGUCGCCGCUGCCGCCGCUGCCACCAUCCGCGAGGGAGGAAAGAGGAGGAGUGCGGCGCGGCGGCCCCGGGGCCGAGGAGGGACCCAGACAUGGAGCUGCGGGAGGAGGCCUGGUCUCCGGGGCCGCUGGACUCUGAGGACCAGCAGAUGGCCAGUCACGAGAACCCAGUGGACAUCCUCAUCAUGGAUGAUGACGACGUCCCCAGCUGGCCCCCGACCAAGCUGUCCCCGCCCCAGUCGGCGCCCCCGGCUGGCCCCCCACCCCGGCCGAGGCCACCAGCACCUUACAUCUGCAACGAGUGUGGCAAGAGCUUCAGUCACUGGUCCAAGCUGACGCGGCACCAACGCACGCACACGGGCGAGCGGCCCAACGCGUGUGCCGACUGCGGCAAGACCUUCUCACAGAGCUCGCACCUGGUGCAGCACCGGCGCAUCCACACGGGCGAGAAGCCCUAUGCCUGCUCCGAAUGCGGCAAGCGUUUCAGCUGGAGCUCCAACCUCAUGCAGCACCAGCGUAUCCACACGGGUGAGAAGCCGUACGCCUGCCCCGACUGCGGCCGCAGCUUCACGCAGAGCAAGAGUCUGGCCAAGCACCGGCGCUCGCAUAGCGGCCUCAAGCCCUUCGUGUGCCCGCGCUGUGGCCGCGGCUUCAGCCAGCCCAAGAGCCUGGCGCGCCACCUGCGGCUGCACCCUGAGCUGUCUGGCCCUGGUGUGGCGGCCAAGGUGCUGGCGGCCAGCGUGCGCCGGGCCAAGGCGCCCGAGGAGGCGGCGGCGGCGGACGGCGAUAUUGCCAUCCCGGUGGGCGAUGGCGAGGGCAUCAUUGUGGUGGGCGCACCAGGUGAGGGGGCCGCGGCAGCUGCAGCCAUGGCGGGCACGGGGGCCAAGGCUCCGGGGCCCCGCUCGCGGCGUGCCCCGGCCCCCAAGCCGUACGUGUGCGUGGAGUGUGGGAAGGGCUUCGGGCAUGGGGCGGGGCUCUUGGCCCACCAGCGCGCCCAGCACGGGGACGGGCUUGGGGCGGCGGGGGGCGAGGAGCCCGCACAUAUCUGUGUGGAAUGCGGCGAGGGCUUCGUGCAGGGCGCGGCACUGCGGAGACACAAGAAGGUGCACGCCGUGGGUGCGCCGUCGGUCUGCAGCCACUGCGGACAGAGCUACUACCGGGCGGGGGCGGGCGGGGAGGACGACAAGGACGAUGAUGAUGAGGCAGCUGGUGGGCGCUGCAGCGAGUGCCGCGGUGGAGAGGGCCGGUAGGGGCGGAGGCCCGGGGGGGUGGGGGGCGGGCAGGGCCCCUCGGGCUUGGCGGGGAGGAUGGCGCAGGACCCUGACACCGGAGAGACUUGGACCAGAGAGACCCGGACCAGAGAGACCCAGAGAGGGACGGACAGGGGCACGACGGCCGGUGGCGGCCUCAUCAUCUCCCCUGCGACGCCACAUGGUUCCCAUGGUCUGCGCGCGGUGCAGAGGCGGCGGCCCGCCGGGGCCCUCCUGCGCCCCGCCAUACCCCCUGCCACCUGUCCUUGGCCUGGCCUGACCCCCUGGUUCUUGGAGAGCCUCGGGGAGCCAGAGAGAGGACGGAGCCCACGACUGAGAGACCGGCCUCCGGCCCCCUUUUCUCUUGCCGCCCACCCUGGGUGCUUGGGAGGAAUGAGCAGCCUGGCUCUUCUGUAGGAGGGCUGCACGGAGGGAGGGGGAGACAGCCCUUUCUCCUUUAGAGUUUUCUUUUAAUCACACCACCUCCCGACUGCACCUUUCCAUUAUUUUGUCUUCUUCCUGCGGGUCCUGUUAUUUUUCGUGGCCCUCGUCCUUGCCCUUCCCUGGAUUUGGGGUCAUGGAGGAGUUCUAGUGUACCCUUUGGAGACUGGGGUCCUGUCUGUUCCUGGCCUGGACUCUGCCAAGGAAGGGUGCAGGGGCAAUAAAUGGCACUAUCUGACUAUC